GAAGAGGACCCCGCCGCGACCGCGACCGCGUCCCCUCGGGUCCUUGAGCCGGUGCGGACCGCGGAGCCAUGGCCUUGAGGCUGCUGAGAGGGCUCCCCGCGUCGGCGGCGGCGCGGGGCCUGGCGGCGGUCGUCCAGCGCGUGGAAGGAAUUCAUACAGGCGCCCAGUGCAGGCUACAGUAUGGCCCUUUGGCAUACAUACUCGGCGAAAGAACAACCAAAAAAUUCACAGAACACAGCAAAGUGAUAACUGUAGACGGCAAUAUAUGUUCCGGAAAAGGCGAGCUUGCAAAACACAUAGCAGAGAAACUAGGCUUGAAGCACUUCCCCGAAGCCGGGAUCCACUACGCGGACGGCGUGACGGGAGACGGGAGGCCCCUGGACGUGGAGCUUAGCGGCAGCUGCAGCGUGGAGAAGUUUUACGAGGACCCGAGAAGUAAUGACGGCAACAGCUACCGCCUGCAGUCCUGGCUGUACGCCAGCCGCCUCCUGCAGUACGCGGACGCCCUGGAGCACUUGCUGAGCACGGGACAAGGUGUCGUAUUGGAACGCUCCAUCUUCAGCGACUUUGUUUUCUUGGACGCGAUGUAUAAACAAGGAUUCAUCCGGAAGCAGUGUGUGGAGCACUACAACGAGGUGAAGAAGGUCACCGCCUCUGAGUACCUGCCUCCCCACGUGGUCAUCUACAUCGACGUGCCGGUUCCGGAGAUCCAGAGUCGGAUUCAGAAGAAAGGAAAUCCACACGAAAUGAAGGUCACCUCGGCCUAUCUGCAGGACAUCGAGAACGCCUACAAGAAAACCUUCCUGCCUGAGAUGAGUGAGAAGUGUGAGGUUUUACAAUAUAGUGCAAGGGAAGCUCAAGAUGUGGAAAAGGUGGUGGAGGACAUCGAGUACCUCAAGUACGACAAGGGGCCGUGGCUGGAGCAGGAUGACCGGACUCUUCACCACCUGCGGAUGCUGGUUCAGAAUAAGCUGGAGGUGCUGAAUUACACAACCAUUCCCAUCUAUCUCCCAGAAAUCACGAUCGGAGCUCACCAGAGUGACCGCAUCUUCCAGAAAUUCACAGAGCUGCCAGGACGCAAGUACUGCCCCGGGUACAAUGCGGACGUGGGUGACAAGUGGAUCUGGCUGAAGUGACGGACCCUCCUCCGUGGCCUGCAUCGCGAUGACGGGGACACUUCCGGUCUGCCUCACUCGUGGGGUCCCUGCAGGUUACUCGGGGGGAGGGGUGGGUGAGCCGGAACCAGGCCGCCUGUAGUGUAGCUGCUGGGGGACCGGGAGCCUCUAGUGUUUGGAAGGCGGGAAUCUUGUAGCUUUGGGAAUGAUCCAGAAUUAUCACCGGGGAAAUAAAUCUGCUGUUAAAGACCAGAUGUUACUAGAUGUUACUAGAAGAAUUCCCUUUCAUUGCAGCCGUGUUCAGUGUCAUGCAGAUUUUGUACCUGUCUUCACACUUCAAGAAAUAAAAAUAAAACUGUU